AUGACUGCUGUUUGGAAAGCCGCCGGCCUCACCUACAACCGCUACCUGGCCAUCGCGGCCCGCGCUGCUCGCCGCAGCCUGAAGGAGGACAAGCGAAUCCUUGCCGAGCGACGUGGAGAGACCGACCUGAAGUUUUCCAAGUGGCAGAACGGCAAGGCCGGUGAGCCCCAGAACCUCGAGAAGGCCAACACCGCCGCCAUGGCCGAGAGCGCCUCCUAA